CCGGCCGAGGGGCGGACACAGGGCGUACUAUAAAGCAGCGGCGGCGCACGCAGGGGCACUACCGAGCCUCCGGUGGAGCAGGAGGAGCAGGAUGGAGAUCCCGGUGCCUGUGCAGCCGUCUUGGCUGCGCCGCGCCUCCGCCCCGUUGCCCGGGUUUUCGGCCCCCGGGCGCCUCUUCGACCAGCGCUUCGGCGAGGGGCUGCUGGAGGCCGAGCUCGCUGCGCUCUGCCCCGCCGCGCUGGCGCCCUACUACCUGCGCGCACCCAGCGUGGCGCUGCCUGCGGCCCAGGUGCCGACCGACCCUGGGCAUUUCUCUGUGCUACUGGACGUGAAGCAUUUCUCGCCAGAGGAAAUCGCAGUCAAGGUGGUUGGUGAACAUGUGGAAGUGCACGCUCGCCAUGAGGAGCGCCCGGACGAGCACGGAUAUGUGGCUCGAGAGUUCCACCGCCGCUACCGUUUGCCGCCUGGCGUGGACCCUGCCACUGUGACGUCAGCAUUGUCCCCUGAGGGCGUUCUGUCCAUCCAGGCCUCACCCCCACUGGCCCAGGCCCCACCACCAGCUGCUGCCAAAGUGGGGUCUGGGCAGGCCUGAACCCUGGGAGCCGCCUCAGGCCAUCUCUUUAAAGCCGACCUGACUCCACCCAGCCAGAUAUCCUGAGCUUGCCAAGACAAACCCACUCUCACCCCCUCCCACACACGCACGCACACACCAAUCUGGGAUUCAGUCCAGACUCUUCCAACCUAGACUCAGCCCUGAUAACCUACACCUUUCCAGGGACACUCCUGCUCACACUCCCUCUGGUUCUCAAAUCCCAACACCUUCCUAGCUUCCAGACCCUACAAGCACAACCCCUCAGCCUAUAGUCUCCCAUCCCCAUUAACCCCUUUUUUGCCCUAUAAACCUACUCCAAACUCUCUCCUAGUUCCUUCUCACUCAUCUAUGAAAACAUGUCCACUCUGACACCAGAUUAUGAUAGAGCCCUGUCCUUACCCUAGGCCAGUCAAGUAUAACGCCCCCAUCACCCCAAAGUCCCAUACUGCAGACUUCCCACACUGGACCAUCCAGGCCUGGUCUUCCCCUCAUUCCAACCAGACACUCUACUCCCCACUACCCCACCCCACAACCCAUCUUCUGACUUGAAACCUCAGCCAACCACCUUCAGACUCUUGAAUCCCUUUUCUGACCCCCACCUUUGGAAACCUAUUCUAGGCCAACCAGGACCCUCAACCUCAAAAUGUAGAUACUCUGCCCAUCUCUCCAGACCCUGCAAAAUGUCCUAACCCCCAUCUCCAACUUUACCAAGGACACUCCAGUCACCUUGUCUUGACCCCUAAGUCUCUAACCACAGGCAAUCCCCGUUCCAGACCUUCCCCUUAUUCUCCAAGGCCCAGUCCAACAGCCGCUUUCUUUGAUUCCCCACAAUCUUUCUCCCUCCUUGAAUUCCCCGCUGCCACAUCCCCUUACUCCCUCAAUAAAUGUGUUACAGCUGUG